CAUCGUCGUCACCAUUGUCUGGUAGUAGAGUGUUACUCCCUAAAAAGAGUAGUAGGGAAGAGCUGUGACAGAGAGCACUGAUGACCACUAUGAAGCUGGGUUUCAAAGCAGAAGCUUUUAAGUUAGAAGGCCAAACAUGGAUUUGUAUGACUGACCUUGCGAGCGAUGUAGUUAUCAAGGUAGGAGAGAUGUCAUUCCACCUCCACAAGUUUCCAUUGAUUAACAGAAGUGGCUUACUUCAGAAGAUGAUUAAUGAAUUCCACAGCGAUGAUGGCAAAGGUUGCAUUCUUCAGCUUCAUGACAUUCCGGGUGGCUCCAAAUCCUUUGAACUAGUCGCAAAAUUCUGUUAUGAUGUUAAGAUAGAGCUGAAUGCUCUCAAUGUUGUUUCUCUUCGGUGCGCUGCGGAGCAUCUCUGCAUGACUGAAGAUUAUGGAGAAGGAAAUCUUAUAGUACAAACAGAAAAUUUUCUUAAUGAAGUCCUUAAUAACUGGAACGAUGCCAUAAAAGUGCUUCAAAUGUGUGACAAUGUUUUCCCCCAUGCAGAGGAUCUUCAAAUAGUCGCAAGAUGCAUCAAAUCCCUUGCAAAGAAAGCUUGUGCAGAUCCUACGCUGUUUGGUUGGCCCAUGCUUGGAUACUACAACACAAAGAGCCUGGAGGGAACUGUUCUGUGGAACGGAAUUAGUGCAUCAGGGAAAUCGCAAUCCCCGACUGCUGAUUGGUGGUACAAAGAUGCCUCUUUUCUCAAAUUUUCUAUAUACAAGAGGCUUAUUUUGGCUAUGCAAGCUGAAGGUAUGAAACCCGAGAUUGUUGCGGGGUCUCUUAUGCAUUAUGCAAGGAAAUACCUCCCAGGGCUGAUUAGGCAUUUAGGUAUAUCUGGUUCAUCAACGUCAGAAAGUGAACAGAGGAUUCUCCUUGAAGAGAUUGUUGAAUUGCUUCCGAUGGAAAAGGGUGCGAGUUCAACCAAGUUUCUAUUGGGCAUGCUUCGAACUGCCAUGAUUUUACAAGCAAGUCCAGCAUGCAGGGAAAUUUUGGAGAAAAAGGUGGGGGCUCAAUUGGAUGCAGCAGCCCUUGAAGACCUUUUGAUACCAAACAUGGGUUACUCUGUUGAAACUCUUUAUGACGUGGAUUGUGUUCAAAGAAUCCUGGACCAGUUCAUGUUGGUGAACCAGGCAACGGUUGAGGCUUCUCCUGAAAUUGUGGAUGAAGGGCAGUUGUUAUCCUCUUCAGCUGAACUAACACCAAUAACCAUGGUGGCAAAGCUUGUUGAUGGGUAUCUAGCAGAAGUUGCAUCUGAUGUUAAUCUUAAGCUUCCAAAGUUCCAAACAAUAGCAGCUGUAAUUCCUGAUUAUGCCAGGCAUUCAGAUGACGGAAUCUAUCGUGCUAUUGACAUAUACCUAAAGGCCCAUCCGUGGCUCACAGAUUCGGAGAGAGAGCAGCUCUGUCGUUUGAUGAACUGCCAGAAACUCUCCUUGGAGGCCUGCAUGCAUGCUGCCCAGAAUGAGAGGCUCCCUCUUCGAGUGAUCGUCCAAGUCCUAUUCUUUGAGCAGCUCCGGUUGAGAACGACGGUUGCCAGCUGGUUCUUCAUCUCGGAUAACAUCGACAACUCCCGCGACCCUCACAUACAGCUCCCCAAGAACAAUGACGGCUUCAUACAUUCAGAAAUCAUGCAAGAGACGGAGCAGGCAUCCUCGAGCAUGGAUGAAGUAAGAUUAAGGGUCUGUGAACUUGAGAAAGAGUGCUCAAGCUUGAGACAAGAGGUUGAGAAGCUUGGAAAGGCAAAGAGCGUGUGGAACUUUUUCUCUAAGAAGUUUGGGUUCGGAGUGAGAUCACAGCAGCACUGUGAUGCUAAACAGGUGUCUAUGGAUGAUAGUCAUUUCAUGAAAUCAUGUUGAACUUGCCUGGCGAUUCAACUAGUUGUUGCAGGUUUUUUCUGAUAGGCUGUUCGCUGCUUGAUGUACUCUAUUGAUGUCUAUUGAGUGUAUGUAUAUCUGUUGACUACUUACGUUGGUCUAUAUGCUAUG